AUGAAAAAACAAUUUACGGGUGAGGAGGCGACAGAUCAGGCUACAAGAGUCCUUCUAGCAACACUUAGUAUUCCUGAUGGGGCUGAAAAUCCGUCAAUUUUGACAAAACAUUUGGAUAUUGAAGAACAGCAUGUGGCUAAUACAAGGAUUCUCUCCGCACUUUUACGUAUGCCUAUUAUUCCAACGCGUAAUGGAAUUUUGAAAGAGAUUGCUCGUUUAAACAUUCCGGAGAUUGCAGCACCUGAAGUUUUUAAAUUAUACAAAUGUAUCGAAAAUGAUUUUGAUCCGUUACACAUUGCCGUCAAUGUUCAAGAAAUGCUUUUAGAGAUUGAAAAAUUGGGUGAAAAGUUGGGAUAUUCUGAAUAUGGUCAAUAUUCUAAUUCGAUUAAACAAACUGUUGCUGCAAAAAUUGUGAAACAGAUUUCAUCACUUUAUGAGUCAAUAACACUUGAGCGUCUUUCUGAAAUUAUUCCAUUUUAUAAUCGAAUGCAAUUGGAACAAUUUUUAGUUGAUAUAUGUAAACAACAUUCAGUUUCUGCACAUAUUGAUCAUCGUCAAAAUUGUAUUUAUUUUGGUCCAGAAGAUGCAAUCUUGGCAAGUGAACUUGAAAGUGAAAAUGGAAAUAUUUCUGAGAUUUCAAAAAUUAAAAUGCAAGUAUCUUCGGUUUAUUCACGUUUGCAGGAUGUUUAUCUUGAUAUUGAUCAAAGUUCAGUUAAGGAGUUGCAGGAAAAGUUAGCUCGCCAAAUUAAAAUUUAUUUAACUCAUAAAGAUGGCGAUUUUGAACGUAUACUUGCACGUCGUAAGAAAAUUGAACAUUAUAAAGAAAGUACUGAGCAAAUGAAACAAGAAAAGUUGUUGCAAGUUCAGAUGUUGGCUAAUAAACAAGAAGAAAAACGUCGAACUGAAGAAUAUAAAAAAUUAAUGGAAGAAAAUAAAGAAAACGAACAGCGUCGAAAAUUGGCGGAACAAGCUGAAAUUCAACGUAAAGUAGCUGCCGAUCGAAUGCAAAAACAAAAAUCUCAUCCAUUAUACGAAAUGUUGGUUAAGGAAUUGGGUGAAGAGGCUGUUGAAAAGAUGGAUUUGGAGCAAUUUAUAAUUGAGAAGCGUAACCUUUUGGAUAAAGAACGAAAAGAGCAACAAAAUAGAAUGCUUCAACAAGAGAAAAAAUUUGAUUAUAAUGUUAGAGCAGUUAAUUUGGAAGAAAUGUUAGUUUGGAAAGAAUUAUCUGAUGAACGACAAGCUUCUGCUCCUGAAAUUUUUGAUCAAUAUGAAACUAGAAGAAUUGAUGAAGAAAUAAAAGCACGAGAAAAAUCGCUCGAAACUUUUCAACUUUUAACCAAAGUUAAAGACGAUGCUAUCAAAUUUAUGCGUAGUACAAUUCAAUCACAUGCUGAAGAAUUAAAGGUUAGUAAAGAACAAUGGAAAGAGAAGGUGGAAUUGGUUCGUGAAAAAGCUAUUGAAAAAUUGGCAAAUGAAAGAAUGAAAAAAUGGCAGGUUGAAGUUGAGCGUCAAAAGCGUCUAGAGGAAGAACAGCGUCGAAAAGAAGAACAACCGCCUCCGCAACAAAUUCGUAAAAUUGAAGCGCCACCUCAACAGCAGCAGCAAAAACAACAACGUCAGGAACCUACGCCACAGCACCAGGAACCUGCAUUACAACAGCGUCGUCAAGAACCGCCCUCAGAACCGAAACAAUGGCGUCAAGAACAAAAACCACCAGCACAACAACAGCAGCGUCGUCAACAACCUGAACAACCGAUGCCGCCACAGCAACAAAGUCAACAGCAACCACAACAGCAGCAAAUUGAAGGGAAAGAACCACCGAAGAGGGGAAAAUAUGUGCCUCCACAUGUGCGUAAAGCUCAGCAAGGGCAGCAGUAA